ACUGCAUACAAGCGGAAAAAGCAUACAGGAUCUGUCUGUGUGCCGACUACCGCCGAUGAUAAACAACCAGUCCUUCAUUGAGCUGCCCUCUCCCUAGGUGCAAGGCCUAUAUCGUUCUUUCUGUGUCAUUUGGCUACUGUUAUGCCGUUUCCAUUCGUUCUCUAGCUUUCACCUUUACAUUACCACAGGUAGACAAAAAGGAGAGGGAGGGUUCAAUAGACUGAAGCAGUAGGGAUGUCGAGCAUUCUGGAUAAGCCAGUGCCUGUAAAAGGCAAAAGUCGUUUCGCUUUUCUAAAAACCAAGCGCGCAAUUGUGGUGCUGACUUUGUUGGUGGUCGUAUCUGUUGUCUUAAUUGCUCUCGGCGCAACCCAUGAAUUCACACCUCACCAUGAUGAGCAGAGUGUCAGCAAUCCCGAUAGUCUAGGUGAUAACCUUGGUACUAGUGAUGGAAGCAGCAAUGCUGGGAAUGGUACCAAUAGCGGUGACAGCGGCGAUAGCAGUAGCAACAAUGGUGGUGGCAUUGAGAGUGGCCAUAAUUCUACGAGUAGUGAUGGCAACCACAAUGGCAGUAACGAUAACAACGACAAUAAUACCAGCAGCAACAACACUAAUAACACCGCUGAUGGCAAGAACGACGACGAUGAUAAGGAUGAAGACAGUCCUACGAAGAAUCCUAGUCUUUGGCAUCCUAAGAACUCAAGCAGCAUAGCCGACGGUACACCGCUACGGAUUAUGUGUCUCGGCGCAUCCAUCGUUCGCGGAGAGCUAUCAUCGGACAGUAAUGGCUUCAGGAAUACGUUGCGCGGUGAUCUGGCAACACUAGGAGCACCCAUCAACAUGGUAGGGUCCCAAAGGAAUGGGGUUAUGCCAGACAACGAUUUCGAGGCGUACGGCGGGAACAGAGUUAAACAAAUCCACGACCACGCGAAAGCAAUCGUACCCAAGCAGAAGCCUAAUAUCUUCAUCAUCAACGUCGGCACGAACAAUGUGCUCCAGAGACGAGAUGUCGACGUGGCAGGUAAACACAUGGAGGCCUUCAUAGACUACCUGCUUAGCGCAUCACCGCGUUCUACCGUCGUACUCAGCACGCUCUUGACGAAUACCGUUCCGAAUCGCGAGCCACUGAUCCUCGACAUCAACCAGCAGUUGCGUACGCUGUACUCGAAAUACGAGAACAACACGGCCGUCGUCCUGGCCGAGCUACACCCCUCGGAAGGCCUCGCCGGUAGACCGCAGGUAGAAGAUAUCAGCGGAGACGGCUCUCAUCCCACGGACCGCGGAUAUGAGAUCAUGGGCCAUAUCCUGGCAGACGCGGUCAAGGAGGCCGACGAGAAAGGCUAUCUGCGCUGGCCGGAGGAUGGACUGGCGUACGAUGGAGAAAAAGGUCGCCUCGAUUCUACUGCUGAUUAGACUAUGGAAAAUCCCGCGCCAGAAACGAUCGAAGUCAGCCAGUGGGUAACAAUCACGUUGCCAUUACCUCUGAUGUUGCUGCGGCCUCUUUUCACAAAUGGAGGUCAAUGAGCGAGGAGCCGUCCGGAGUUCGUACAUUUCAUGCUUGGAAACGAGUGGCUUGGUUAAAGUUCAUUCUGCUGGUACUAUACAAAUGCUUAUCGCAUUGUGACGACAUCCCCUUAUUAUA